CCUACGCUCCCUCCCUCAAUCGCCUGCCUACCAGCUGCUCUCGCGCCACGCUCUCCUCUGCUGGUUGCUGCAGUCAUGUCAUCUCUCUAGUCGCUCCACCGCCUCACACAGCGUCGUUGAGGUCACAAUGUCUUACCGCAAGGAUCCCAAGUGGAAGCCUUCUUACGGUGCCUCAAGGGACUACUACGCGGAGCAGCAAUACUACCCUUACAACGCUGCCCAUGGCGCCUCUUCUUCGUCUUCGGCCGCAUAUACAGGUCGAGGGGACGAUCAAUACCACACUCACACCUACCGUAAUCACUCCGUUGACUUUCGCAAUCGAGACGUCGAUCGCACAGGGGACUCUUCGUACCGGGAUCGCGCUCGAGGAGAGCAUAGCUUUGCGUCUCGCGAUCCUCGCGCGUACGAUCGUGACAAGCAGCCAAAUGGCCCUCGCUCAGACGACGCAGCAGCACCGUCCCGAGCAGCUGCACCACUAGUCAGUCGGAUGUCCCCUCGACCAUCCGACAGUGGAAGCAGUGGGCGAAGAGAGAGCGGUGGUGCUCUAAACGAUGGCGGCUGGACGCAGCGCGGGGGUGGCAGUGGUGCCGGGCCUUCUCGUCCCAGACGAUCUGCGUCCCCACCGUCUCGCCCUGCAACGACCAGAGAAACCUGUAACGAGACAAAUGAUGCAAGAAAUGGUAGCGGGGAUCGUGCCGCCUGGUGGGAACCACGUGACAAGUUCCGGGAAUCAAAUCGAGCUCGCGAUCACAGCAUACUGCCAUACGGUGACGAUCUAGGCUACGGUGCUCGACCUGGAUCGGCAGCUCGGACCCCAGGCAUCGAGGAAGGAGAGAUCGCCACUGCUGGUCAAAGGGACAGUCCUCACGCCGCCGCCGGGGGGCCGUCUGGUCAGAAUUCCGCCGUCAGCAGGGACCCUCGCAGAAGGACCACCGGGGAUACGAACAGGCCUGGCCCUUCAACGGGAGAAAGCUCCAGAGAAGCGAGUGUCGCAAGAGGAGUCCCUGCAAACGCUAUGGAUAUCGAUCAAGUGAGACAGCAGACCGUCCGCGCUGAAUUGGAGCUGUCUGAGAGGCCUCGUCAGGUGACAGGCAAGCUACAAGAUGCGGUCAAGGGAGGCGCAAUAGCUACGCCUCGGCGGCCGGAUAUGCGUCAUCUCAUCGGUCAAUUCCUUGAAGCUGUGGAUCGUCAACGCGAGUGCCAUGCGAACGUCAACUUCGCCGAGUUCAAGCUACAGGAGUCUCUGGAUUGGGUAGAGGCCAAUGCCUCGAAACCCGCGCUCACAAAGGAGUUCUACGGAGGGCCAAAGGGGACGCUGGAAUCGCGCAUCAGAGAAGCAAAAGAGGCAAAGGAGAACGCAGGAAGAGAAGUCAGCGAGAAGAUGGAAAGGAUCUACGAGGUUCUGAUGACCUUUACUGAAGACAGCAGCCUCGCCGCUUCUGCCGCCGUACAACGUGGUCCUGCUCACAGCGCCGCAAUCUUGGUUGAGCGUCAGGAUCAUAGGAUCGGGGGCAUGGGGCGUUCAGAUCAAGGAACCAGCGGAGCCGAACCUGAUGACGCCGGUCAGAGCGAGAGGACGGCACCGGGAACUCCUCCUCUUCUGAGAGAUCCGGUGGCUCCAAGACCAGAGCAGCAGGCCAGCAAUUCGAGGCUCGAUAGGAAGUUCGAACUUUUGGAUGACAGACUUGAAGAGAUUAGAGAGUUCUGUCAUGCGACCGAGGCGAAUAUGGAAGAGCUCGUGGCACAGACGGUCCAAAGCGCUCUGCAAGACAUCGCUAGACGCAGAAGAGAGAAGGGCAAGCAAAGAAUAGAUGCCGCCCCGCCAGAGGCGGACCCAGCUGUGGCAGCCAAUACUCUCCCUCUCGUUCCCCGGACUGCUCCCCGCAGCCAGUCUGCGGGAGUCGACGAUUCCUCUGGCAUCGAGUCGCGACUGUCGCUGCUUCGCUCCGAAUUCCAAACGAGCCUACACAACGAGCUCAACACCUUCCAUGAACAGCUCAGAUCGUCCUUCUCACAGGUGCAACAGCACUUUGACAAGCACAAGGCUGCGAGGCAAGGUGACAAGAUGGACUCAACGGCUCGCGACGAGGCUCAGCAGGGCGAGAUUGAGCAGUUGAAAGUUCAGGCACAACAUGCAUUUGAGGAACGACGAUGGCUGAAGUCAGAGUUGGAUGCGACCAAAAACUCGUUGCGAGAAGUGCAGUCGGUGCUCGUCAACUUCCUACAGCAAACACAGGCAUCUCGCGUGACCGCACCUGCCGUGCUGUCUCGUCCUCAGAUUACUCAAAUUUCACAGUCACCGACAGCGCAACCAUCGGUUCUCCGGCCUAAUUUGGCAGCAUCGCCGCCUGCUCCAGGUCCGCAGCGAGCGCCACAAGCGGUGCAAGGCACUCCAUCGUCCGGGCGUUCUGCGCCGACUUCGACCAAUCUUGUCGUCGCAAACUCGCAAGACUCCGCUGAUCCGAUUGAACGCUUCAUCCUGGCUACAUGCCAGGUUAUCAUCUCUGGCAUCCCCUCGAAUUACACGCCAGAACAAACGGUGGGACACGUACGUGCAGCAGCCGAGUACCAUGCGCAAAUGGUACACAAGGAUAUACCGACGCCUCAGCACGAUCAAAUGAAGAGGCUCGCGUUGCAGAUUGCCAACAAAGCCUUUGCCAUGCUGGCGGCGCGGGCGACUAGCAACGUCGUGGACCUCCCAGGCAUGCAACGGAUCCAAGGGAUCGGGUCCGCCAGCCCCUCUGUCCACCAGUCCGAGACACUCCAGCACCACCCCCACCACCAGCAGCCGAUGCGCCCAGAGACUGUUGCACCUUCCACUGCGGCCAGCCCUCUGCUACCAACUGUCGCAAACGCUUCCUCGGUCUCGGCUCCCUCAGGCGAGCAAAGUGGCCAACUGGAUGCAAACCCUGUACAGAACGCUCAGCAACCCAAUAGGAAGACAAACGGCGGCAAUCUUUCGUCUGGACCGAUCGAGGUGGAGGACAGCGAAGUUGAUGAGCUGGAUUCGGGCGCCAGACAGGAAGAGGACGGAGCGGAUCGUGAAGCGGGAGAGAUCGUGACGGAGACUGAGGGCGGGGCGACUGGGUGAGAGACGUUUACGUCGAGCCAAUUCAGAAACCCUCUUCACUCUAUGCUUGGGUAUCAUUGAUUGAUGAGAUGGCAUCGGCAAAGCUCAGAAGCCUAGUGUGAUAGUAGGGCGGAAGCUGGAGGUGUGAGCACUACCCCUUUACUUAGAGCGUUGCCUUCACGGCUCUCGUACUCAGUACUCACAGCAAUCGCAGUCGAAUGGACACAGUGGUGUAUCCCCUCCUCUGCCCAGCUUGAGCUCAUUCUCGGAAUAGAUGGCGAAACCUUCCUCUGUACGACCUCCUGCUUGACGAUGCAGCAAAGGCAACGUCAGUGAGAG